AUGUACCUACUAUCAAAGUUAGAUAGUAGCAUUUUACAAUUCAACUCUGAGUCCCUGAAACAAAAUGUCAUCUUUCUUUCGUUAAAUAAUGAAACAGAUGAUUUCAAAAACGUCUCAAACUUGGGUCUUACGAAUUAUUCAACUACCAUUGAAUUACCAAAUAACCAAUACAUUGCAUAUCACUUAUCUAAUUCAUAUUCAAUCCUAUCUUUAUAUGCACUGUCAGAAACUCAUAACAGAAGAAAAAUCCAUAUUGAACUUCCUAAUGCAUUGAUGCAUGAAGAGCAUACUUUAGUUUCUUAUAUAAAAGCGGAUAAUUUGGAAUUUGAAAUGAUUUUAAAGACAGGUAUGUUUUUAAGAUUAACUUUUCCAAUCGAAUCUUUAUUGAAUAACGAUGUAGAGUUUCCAACUGAUUGGUUUACGUUAAUGAACCCAUACGAUUUUAGCAUUAGAUUACCACAUUUGCUUUAUAAAGUUUCUGAUGAAUUCUCAGUGGUUUUCUUAAAGGAUGGUGGUUUAUUAGGCUUAAAAAGAACAAGUGAUGACGCUUUAGAACCAAUUCUAUUUAGCGAUGAAUCAUACUUAAGAAGUUUAUCAAGUUUCUUCUCAAGUAAAAAAAAUAGAUUAACUGAUAGGAUCAUAAGUUGUGUUGUGUAUCACAAUAAAUUUUUAAUUGUAUUGACAGAAAAUUAUAAGUUGAAGAUCUGGAACUUAGAAAAAUAUUCAAUUACCGCUGAAUACGAUCUAGCCGAACAAGCCCAUCUAAAUAAAGAAAGUAGUAGUGGAUAUGAAUCCAUUGGUAGCUACUUAAAAAUCUUCGAUAAUAUAUUGACUGCCUAUUUGCCAUUUUUCAAUGGUAUUUUUCAGUUAGGUUAUUUAAGUAUUGAUAACAAUGAUGACGUUAUGUUAAAUAUAGUCAGCUCGAUUUCAUCUAAUUUGCCAUCCUCUUCAUUAUGGUCAUUAGUCGAUUUUAAAAUCAUAUCCACUUUAGAUCUAAGUUUACCAAGCACAUUUUUUGAUAUAGUAGUCCUUUGGAAAAGUGGAUCCACUAACAAAUUGCAAAUUUUAAAUAUUGAAAAUGAAGAAAUGGAUAGAUACAAUUGGUAUGAAACUACGAAUAAAACUUUAGAGGAAAUUAAAUUUGACACUGAGGUUGAUAACUCUGAUUUGAAUAAAGCACUGGUUGGGUUACAAUCCAGAUAUCCGAACUGUAUAUUUGAAGAAGCUGAAAAUAUUUUAAUACAAAACAACAUAUCUAUUCCAUCCCGUGAAGUGUUAAAUGCAGAAUAUUUAGCAAAUUUGGAAACUUUACUAAAAGAUAUUAAAAGCAAAUGUGAUCAAGCGUCUUCCAUUUCUAUUCUUAAUGAUGAAAUUAUUGUUAUCAAUUGCCAACAAUUUUUCAACCAUUCCGUUUACAAGAUUAACUCUUCAUUAGAGAAAUUGUAUUAUAAUAUCAAUUCCUCAAGUUAUGAUGAUAACAUCUCAAGAUAUUUAAUGACUAUUUACGGGUUUUCGGCCACUAUUUCUCCACAAGUUUUAACAGAACUAUCUAAUCAAUUUUUAGGUUUUGUUACUAAAGAACUACCAGAAACAUUAUCACCAAACCAAAAACUAACAGAGAUAUUUAACAGUACAGUAAAAUCGCACUUGGAAACUUCGAAUAUAAAUAUUUUGUUUCAUGAAUUGAAAUCAUUUGAUGUCAUUUCUUUGCUGAAUACGUUCAUUGACAAUCAUUUACAUCAAAUUAACGUCCGUAAUGGUGAUUUUAUCAGCUCUUUGACUGAUGACACGUUAUGGAACAUUGUUGCAAUCAAGAGUUUAUACAAUCAGCUAGUUAUCCAACAUGAUAUUAUUUUAAGAAUUUUAUUGACCUUCACAUUGUUAGACUUUGAUUAUUCCGUAUUUGAGAAGCAACUGGAUAAUCUGAUUGAACUACAUUAUAAACAAUCAUUAUAUCUGUCCUUGUUUGGGCAAGAUAAAGAUAAAUUCUUAUCUGAAGUGCUACUGCAAGUUUCAAAAUAUAAGACAGGUGUUAAAUUUAAUAAUUACAAUGAAUUAUUUGCCUUCACUAACUAUGCUACUUCUGAACUAUAUUCUUUUGAUAGUACUAUUAACCCAUUUUAUAUGAGAUAUAUCAAUGAUAUUGUUGUAUAUGAUAUUACCUCUUCAGAAUUUAAGAGAGAACAGUUACUUAAGAACAUUUCAUGGAAAUAUUACAUUAGAAAUAAUGCAGACCAUGAACUAUUUAUUGCUAUGCUAUUAUUCAGGUCUAAUCAAAUGGAGAAGUCAUAUGAAUUUUUCCAAUUACAUAACUAUGCUGAAUUAAUGAAGGAUAAGCUGCCAGUAAUCUUUAAAAACAUCGAUAAUGACUCAUCAAACAUCUGGAGACCUUUACUAUCUGUCUUUUGUUUACCAUAUAGGAACUCAGCGUUCUUUUAUGAAUUAUCUGUAUUAUUUGCUAAUCACAAUCAUUUAGAUAUUGCAUUAAAAUCUAUCAAAAAAUCUUUAGAAUUUUCUAGCACAUAUGUGGAGGAUAAAGAAACUCAUGAAUUUAAAGUUCAACAACUAACACAAUUCUUAGAUUUGCUGAUAAAUUUCCGUCUAUAUGGAGAAGCGCUAGAUGUAUUAAGACUUGGACACGAUGUCUUAAAUACUGAACUUAGAGAGACGUAUUUCAGAAAGCUUCUAUUGAUAAAUAAUACUAGCAGUGAUUCAUUUUUCUCUAACUUAUUAAGAUUGUGUUUUAUUAACAGUACGACAAAAUUAUUUUUGUCCCCAAGUGACAUUGAGAUAAUCGAUAACAUACUUACUCAACAAUUGCAUAUUUCUGACUGGAGUAGUUAUAAAAAACUAUACAGUUUUAGGAUAAUAACAAAACAAGAAAGAAAAGCUGCAGAAAUAUUAUAUGACUACACAGUCCAAGUUGGUGGCGAUGACAAGAUGAAGAUGAAGUGUUACACUAUGAUAGGUAAUGUUCUAAAUAGUUUUGCUGAUUCAAACGAUAAGUGGAUUUUGUACAAUGGCGAAAUAAUCACCGUUACAUCUAUUAAAAACAAAAAUUCAGCAUUAACACAUUAG